AUGAGCGCCAGCCGCAAACGUCCCGGGAGUCCGCAAGUCGACGAAGCACCCACAAAGCGCCCCGCGAAGCUCGUUGAGGUCGUCCAGGAUGGAGAUGUCCUGCUCACUGUUGGCCGAGGGGACGAUGCCCUCAAAAUACGAGUCUCGGGGACAGUAAUCAGUCUUGCGUCAGGAGUCUUCUCUCGUAUGCUCUCGUCAUCAUUCACAGAGGGAAGGUCGAGAGAAAUCGAAUUGCGCGAAGACGAUCCAGAGGCUGUCCUCGACUUCUGCAACAUUGCUCACCAUAAAGCUGAGAGUGUCGAUCAUUGUGACGGCUCGAGGCUCGUGAAGCUAGUAGAAUUUGCAGAUGCGCGAUUCUGUGUGAAAGCACUGAGGCCGUGGCUUUCCGCAAGGCUUGCUGGUAUAAUAGAAGAAUUCAAGGGCUACGAACGCAACAUGACACCAAUCAAUCACAACUGGAUUUCUCCUGAAGACGAUUCACUCGAGCUAACAAUGGAACAGUGCAUGAGUGUUGCCGCCGUCUUCAAAUUGAACGAUUUGUUCUGGUUCGCGACGAAGCAUUUCUUGCUCCUACAGGGUCGACGUUCCACCUCCCCAACAUUACCUUCAUUCGCCGAGUCAGCUCUUGGAUUCGGGUACACAGUUUUAAAGAUAGGUUUGGAAAGGAAACCAUGCUGCCAUCACAGCAGUUCUUCGAUGAUAUCUUGGAGUGCGUUGGCAGAGAUUUAG